AUGCGUUCGAGCACCGUUGCCUCUCAGUCUCCUAUUCACUCACUUCCUCUCGAGUUGCUCUCUUACAUCUUUGUUCUCGGUGCACAUUCACCGCCCGACACUCCCGAAAAUAAAAUCAAGCGCCAGGAACCUCCACCUUUCAAUGCCGACAGUGUCAAGACGCCUUUGGUAUAUUCCACAGUCUGUCGACAUUGGAGGACCGUCGCACUCGGAACAGCUGCCCUAUGGACCAAUAUCUGUAUCACAGCUGGAUCGAUGGAGAUGUCAGGCCUUGAACAGGAGAAACGUGUCAACCUUACCCACCUCACUUCGUAUCUCUCUCUCUCAAAAAAUUAUCCUUUAAACAUUCUCCUUGAUGCGCGCGACAUUGAUUGGGAUUUUGCAGAGCCUGAAAUAUCUGGCUCAUCCGACUUUUCCGAUUACAUUCCGCCUUUCACACAGGAUGGCAUUCGAAGUGUUUUUUCCCUUUUGCUCCCUCACUUAUUCCGUUGGCGAUCCAUAGACAUUCUUACGGAUACUUGGGCCCCGAUGCAUACCGCGCUGUGUAUGUUAAAUGGACCAUUGAUGUCUAACGGAGCUCCUCUCUUGGAGUCGCUCACGCUCAUGCGCUGUAACGACUAUAUCAGCCAUUCGCCGCUGUUUCAACCCACGAGCAUGAGAUCCCCCACUCUAUUCAGCUCUCAAACAAGUUCGCUUGGUACAGAUCGUUGUCUUUUUCCUCGAUUGCGUAACUUGACCCUUCGAGGAGUUCAUGUGAACUGGUCGAGUUUAGCGCACUCGCCCCCGCCACUUACCUCCCUCGAACUUUCAUCCCACGCCCCUGAUGUCCGACCGACACAAUCAGAUUUCCGCGAAUUGCUGAGCUCUUGUCCGAAGCUCAAAUCUCUCACUGUCAACGGUUCGGGUUUUAUCUCUGACGAUGAAGAGCUGUCUCUGAAGACGGGUGUCCACAAUAUCGACAAGAGCGCGAAACCUAUUGCGCUUCCACUUCUGGAGAAACUCAAGAUCGGAUACAGAUCAGCGCCCGAGGGUUUUGACAUCCUGGAACUUGUACAUGCUCCUAAUAUUCUUCAGCUCUCAUUGGAUGAUGCCACUCAUCCCGGUGAAAUCGACGAGGUCGAAGCCGAUGAUAUGUUGCUAUAUGUUGCUGGCUUGCGUCCAAUGAUCAAUCCGGAAUCUUCCUUUUCCACUCCCAAACAUUCGUCUCCUUUUCCAACUAUCCAGAAAUUGGCCUUAAAAGGACUGCGGGCUCAAACUGAUACCUUUCGAAAGCUUCUAGUAUCAACUCCUACUCUCCAAUCUCUCGAAUUGUACAUGAUGCCCAGACCUAUGGAUGUAAUUCAUGCGAUGUCACCUAUUACUACCAUCGCUGUCACAACUCCCGCAAGAACAAGAACAACUUACCAACGGCUGCUCAUCUCACGGCCCGCGUCUCCCGCGUCUUCACGUUCAUACUCUUGCCCAUGUCCUCGGCUUCAAGAGCUUUGCCUAUGGACUGUGAACCUUUCUAGAGAUGAUAUCCAUUUUAUUGCAAAGGACUUACUGCUAGGCCGAUCGGAGGCUGGCGCUGGGAGUCUGGAACGCCUCGAUAUUCAUCUUUUUGAAGGUACGGAGUCGGCCUCUGAAGACCUAGAGGGAACGGGUGUACAUAUCUUCAAUGUCCCUUUGGACAUAAACGGCAGCAGUGUCGUGGCUAUUGCUGACAGUUCACAACAAACUAACCUGGACGAAGAGUUUCAGUUUGGGGGGAUUUUCAACGAUCCGAUUUUCGAUGCUCAGUAUAGUUCUUCAGUUUUUUCUCAUUGA